GAUGUUUGGAUAUUUCCUCCUUAAAUCUGAGUGUCCUUUCCACCAGUCCAUUUUUCUUAGAUAUUUGGCUUUGUUACCAAAGUCUUUCCCAAUGAGAGAUUUUUGCUCCAUGAAUCAGUGAGGUCCCACUUUCUUGGGGUUUUCAUUUGGGCUUUAAUCAGUUUUCUAACAUUUGUUUCACAGUAGGACCCUUUGAGCAUGAUUAUAACAUUGGAUAGGAGGGAUUUAGAUGUAGCCAGAAUUGUCUCUUAAAUUCACGUAAUAGCUGCUGUUUCCAGUACUGGUGCUGCUUGAUCAUAACCUGUUUGCCAGACAUUGGGAUUGAUUGGAUUGGUUUGUAGAGUAUCUCUCGGCAUCCCAUGAUCCUUAAAUGGCUUAUUAAACCUGCAAUGGUGUAUUUUUAAACUUUUAUUUUAUCUCUGUCUUGGUAUUCUUCAUUCUUGCUAUACGGUUUGGCGGCGGAAUUUUAUGACACACAUCCUGAAGAUGAGCUCAGUUCAUUUGGUUGAUAUAAGUAUUUUAUUGCAUCAUUGAUGUUAAAUUUAUGAAUAACUUAGUUUAUCGAUUUAGAAAGCUUUAGAAAUUUGGCAGGGCUGGUCGAAAAUGGCAAUUAAAACACCAUGCAGGCUAGUCAAAGCAAUGCGCUGUUGAUGUUUAGAGUGGAAAGCUUUUAGUUGGUCAGUGUCCAUGGUUCUUCAUUAGGCCUUGGCGUCUGGGCUCGGGUCACAGUGUUAAGACUGGAUUACCGUGCUGUCUGGAGAUGGUUCUUCUGAGGGUUAUUUAUGGCCGGCCUUCCCCAUUAAAGAAAAUACAAUAGUGCAACCUUUUAGUGUUUGUCAAAAAGGAAUAAACAAAAGAAUGUGCGGCAAGUAUUGCAAAUGAUUUUGAAUACAGGACAAAAUAUAUCUACCACUAAACCUGGGACAUGCUACUACUUCCAAUUGGCCUAUCAGUGACAGAGGUGUAAUGGAAGGUAUGACGGCAGUGGUUGCCAGAAAACACCUACUCUAAUCUGAAAGCAGAUUUUUAGAUGUACUGCCAGGCAGGUGGUCUCUAUAUGGGAUGACCUAAUGUUGCUAUCUCUACCGGUCCCUUAGACAGACAUCUGUAUGGAACCAACAAACUACCAGAUACUAAAGGCAUUUCGGAAAAGGUUUAAGGAGAUGGUCUUUCACUGACCAUGACACAGAUCACUGCAGCGGCCCUGGAGGAUUUGAUUUGAUUGAAUGCGUUGGGGAGAGUGGAAUAGAGGCGGGAGCAGGGAUUAUUAAAGGCUUAGGGCUUAUAGUGCUCUGUACUCUGCACUUCUCUCGCAGAUGCAGCGAGAGGAAAUGAUAGAUGGCUCUUCCAUGGCUGGCAGGCUAACGACCAUUUGGUCACUAGACAGUUUGCAUCUCAGUGAGAGGCUUUAAUUUGUUUUAAGAGAGCUGGAACGGAAGGUGCCAUGAAGGACCGAUGUCGUAUAUGUGGUGCCCGUCUGGCAGGCAACCAGUGUCGCUGGAUCUUCAGCUCAUCAGCACAGAGGAAACUACAAGUGAUCUUGUCCCAUGUCCUGGGCUGGGAGGUGACUCGCGAUGGUCGUGGCGAGUUCCUCUGUGGGAAAUGUGUUUUCCAGCUGGAGAAGGUGGUACAGUGGGAUGUUAACAUCACCCAGCUGCAGGAGGACCACAACAGUCAGAUCCAGAAGCUGCAUGUGGAGAAAGAACACAUGAGCCAGUGCAUCGUCCACAUCUACAACAAAAACAACCCAAGCUUGGACAAGAGUGUUGGGGAGAGAACUCACUUGAAAUCUCCACCCAGAUCCUUUGGGGUGGGCAGUCCUGAUGAAGGACAACAUCUUGGUGAGAUUGGGCGUGGUCACUUGGGGAAUUGCAUGAGAAGGUGUGUGAGUCUGGACAGAAUUGUUAGUAGAGGAACAGUCUCAGGGCGCUCAGGCCUCAAGAGCAGCAGGCUUGGGUCAGGGCCAGGGCUUGAUGGAUCUAUGAAAAGCUUUGGUCUCAGAGGAACACGCCAACGUUCAAAGAGUAUGUACUUUGACCUGGUCCAACGUAAAGGCAUACUACCCAGAUAUGGAUUCAAAGAACUCUCCACAUCCCUGCAGUCCUUGAAUCGAGAAUUUUCCUCAGACACUUCUGCAGAAUCUCCACUCAAACUGAAACUCGCAGAGGCCAAGGUGUUUGCUGCCAGGCAUGGUGACCCAGGAGGAAAAGUCCAGGACAGAGCACUGCUCCGGAGAUCCUCAAAUCAACCAUCUUUGAUCUCUGACUUGAUCCAGCUUUUACGCUGCAUUUCCAAGCAACCGGUCACUGCCCCUGCAGGAAGCCACAUCCCGGUCCUGAAGAGACUAAGUACUGGCCAACCCAGACCUGGAGCAAUGCGCAGACACAGAGAAGCAGAAUUGAAGUCUCUUCAUGAUCUUACAGAAGAAUUUGAUGAUGAAUAUACCUCUGUCAGAGUGGAGGUAGUUUUUUGUAUAUUUCCAGCUUGGCUAACCACUGUAGCUCUGGUAAUGAGCUUUGACAGGCAGCAGCUUUGUUGCUUACUUAGCUAGAAUUAAUUCACUGUCUCUUUCCUGUGUUUGUGUGCUGCCUGGAUUUGCU